AUGGGCUCCAUCUCUCCCAACCUCGCCGAGCUUGACGCCUCCAACUUCAAGAUCACUCGGUCCUCCAACCUCCGGGAUGUUCCUCUUCCUGGCUCGCCCGAGGAGCUCAGCCACUCCUACUGCACUGACCACAUGGUCACGGUCCGAUGGACAGACACUAACGGUUGGGAGACUCCCGAGGUGAAGCCGUUUCAGAACUUGAGCAUCCCGCCCACAGCCUCAUGUCUGCACUAUGCUACCGAGUGCUUUGAGGGGAUGAAGGUGUACCGUGGAUAUGACGGUAAAUUGCGCCUGUUUCGCCCGGACUGCAAUGGCGAGCGUCUGAACUCUUCCUCCCAGCGAUCCUCCCUGCCCGGCUUCAAGACUGACGAGGUGAAAAAGCUCGUGGCGAAACUGAUGCAAAUUGAUGGCCCCCGCUGGCUUCCCGAGGAUCGUCCCGGCUCGUUCCUCUACAUUCGUCCUACUGUCAUUGGCAACGGACCACACCUGGGCGUGCAGGUCCCUAAGGAGGCUCUCCUGUUCAUCAUUGCCGUGCCCUGGCCCGACAUGACCAAGAUGAAGAAGGACACCAAUGAGGCCCCGAAGAAGGGCUUGAAGCUCUUUGCAUCUCACCCCGAUACCGUUCGUGCCUGGCCUGGUGGCUUCGGCUACGCCAAGCUGGGUGCCAACUAUGGUCCGUCCCUGCAGGCUCAUGGCCAGGCCCAGGCGCUCGGCUUCGAUCAGAUCCUAUGGCUCUUUGGCGAGGACCGCCAGGUCACCGAGGCUGGUGCCAGCAACUUUUUCAUUGUUUGGCACAACGGUGACACCGGUCGUCUAGAGCUGGUCACGGCCCCGUUAGAGAACCAGCUCAUUCUGCCUGGUGUGACUCGCCGGAGCGUGUUGGAGUUGGCUCGUGAACGUUUGUCCGAGCAUUUUGUCGGCAAGCUGGCCCCGUUGCAGGUCGUCGAGCGAACUAUCACCAUCGCCGAGAUUGAGAAGGCUGCCCAACAGGGCCGCAUUGUAGAGUCUUUUGUUUCAGGCACUGCUUACUUCAUCACGCCUGUGGCCAUGAUUCGUAAUCACGACACCGAUAUCAGCACCCUUGGCAAGGACGGUGAGCCGGCCGGGUACGCUGCCCAAUUCAAGUCUUGGCUGGGAGACAUUAUGUUUGGCAAAGAAGAGCAUGAGUGGGCAUACGUGGUUGAGGACGAGGAGAAAUAG